UGCAAGCGAACCAGUUUGGUUCGUUCCGCUAAACCAGUUUUAUAUGUGUGAGUCGUAGUCGUUUUCUUCGGCUUUUUUGGCACAUUGUAUUUAAUGUAGGAAAUACAUUUAUUGACUUAAAUUGUUAUUGUGGCACAAAAUAAAGUUAAUAAAUUGGGAAAAUAUGCAUUCAUGCGUCGCUUCGUGGGCAAUAAAUAUUGUAUGAUUGAUUUGAAAAAAUAAGAAAACUAAUAACACAAACGAAAAACAAUCGAAAUAACAAUGGAAUCCCCGCAAUUUGCCGGAUCAAGCAGUUCGUCAAUUGGAGCAAUCGGACUAGUGACUGAAGAACUUAACGCGGAACAAAUUGUUCCGGCACCUAACUGCCUGACUCGAAGUGACAAGAUGGAUGUGGGCGGAGGAUAUCAUCCUACUACCGAGUGUCUAGGAAGUUGUACUGGUACUCAGUCCUCAAUAAACAGUCAGUCGGGUUUUAAAUGGAAGCGCGUCCUUAAUCCAACCGGACCACAACCACGCCCACGUCAUGGGCACCGUGCAAUUAAUAUCAAGGAAUUGAUGGUGGUUUUCGGCGGUGGUAAUGAGGGGAUUGUUGAUGAACUUCACGUUUACAAUACAGUCAGUAAUCAAUGGUAUGUUCCGGUGUUAAAAGGCGAUGUUCCAAACGGCUGUGCAGCUUAUGGAUUUGUUGUUGAAGGAACGCGCAUGUGUUUUGGUGGUAUGAUUGAAUAUGGCAAGUACUCGAAUGAGCUCUAUGAGCUGCAGGCAACAAAGUGGGAAUGGCGUAAAAUGUAUCCAGAAUCGCCAGAUAAUGGUUUGCCUCCUUGUCCACGCUUGGGUCACAGUUUUACGAUGGUAGGUGAGAAGAUUUUUCUCUUUGGCGGCUUGGCAAACGAAUCGGACGAUCCCAAAAAUAAUAUUCCCAAAUAUCUGAAUGAUUUAUAUAUAUUGGAUACGCGAGGAGUGCACAGUCACAAUGGCAAGUGGAUUAUUCAAACUUUUGGAGACAGUCCUCCACCACGCGAGUCACACACUGGCAUCUCUUUUAUCAGCAAAGAUUAAAAAUUACGCUUGCUUGUGUACGGCGGAAUGAGUGGCUGUCGUUUAGGCGACUUGUGGUUAUUAGACACAGAUUCAAUGACUUGGGAAAAGCCAAGAACCAGAGGACAGGCUCCAUUGCCACGCUCAUUGCAUAGUUCAACAAUGAUCGCCAACAAAAUGUAUGUAUUCGGUGGUUGGGUGCCGUUGGUCAUAAAUGAUACAAAAGCAACUACUGAAAGAGAAUGGAAAUGCACAAACACAUUGGCUGUGCUUGAUUUGGACACAAUGACUUGGGAGAACGUCACUUUGGACACUGUUGAAGAAAAUGUACCAAGGGCACGCGCUGGCCAUUGCGCUGUCGGCAUUCAAAGUCGUUUGUAUGUGUGGUCAGGUCGCGAUGGUUAUCGGAAAGCAUGGAACAACCAGGUUAGGGUAUGUUGUAAAGAUCUUUGGUACCUGGAGGUGACAAAGCCACUGUAUGCUGUUAAAGUGGCAUUGGUACGUGCGUCGACGCAUGCUUUGGAACUAUCUUGGACAGCCACUACCUUUGCGGCAGCAUAUAUGCUACAAAUCCAAAAGAUUGAGCAAUCGCAGGGUGCUGGCACAAAGCAAUCCGGCCAGAGUCAAAAUCAAAGUCUAAUAUCAGCAAGCAGUGCAGCAACUGCCAUUUCUACAGCCGUCGCAUCCGUAUCUGAUGAUCAAGAAAGUGAGUCAUCCGCAUCAGUUGGCAAAUCCACAAUAGGCCAAUCGAAUGGUUCUAACCCUGAUCUUAUCGAUCCAACUGUGAAGACAUCAAUUGCAUCAGUGUCGUCGGUUUUAAUAACAAAUGUUCAGCCACAAAUAUCGAUAAUAAGCAGCAGUGGCGCUGCAUCAGGUACGGCAGCCACUGCGAAUUCAUUGCAAAAAUUUAUGACCGGCUCAACAAAGAUCCCAACAAGCAUAGCGUCUUUGCCAACGACAACUACUGACACGUCACAUUUGAGUGGGGCACGAGCUGUGACAAGUACCAAUGCUAGCAGUAGCAUUGUACUUACUACACAACAGCCGUCAACUGGCACUGGCACACUGCGAAUUGUACCUGGCGGUGUAACUUCAACUACCGGUCAAGGAUUACGGAUGGCUACUACGAGCAGCAACAGCGGUCCAACGACAACCGCAACUUUGAAAACUUCACAGCCCAGUGCCACAGUGCAACUAUCAUCAUCGUCAUUAUCAUCGACCACGGCAGUUCCAACGAUAUCAACCUCGUCUGCCACACUGGGCGGUAAACAAUAUUUUAUACAGAAGCCUCUGACAUUGGCGCCAAAUGUUCAAUUACAAUUUGUAAAGACAAGUAGCGGUGGGAUGGCCGUACAGACGCUGCCUAAGGUUAAUUUUAAUAUAACCAAAGGUCACGCUAGCCAUGCUCAAGCUAUAUCUAUUUGCAAUCAGCAAUUGCCUACGGCCUCUUCACAAAUCCAGAUCGCAUCUACUAACAGCAGUAUGCAACCGAAAACGAUUAUGGCAACUGGAGCAGCAGUAUCAUCAGUAGCAAGUGCAACACCCUCAACAUCAGCAGCACUGGGUCAUCAAGCUCUAUUACAUCAGCAACAGAAUCAGCAAAAGUCCAUUGUUGCUGGCAAUGUACUUAAAUUGGUUUCGCCUCAUACUGUUGCUGGUGGCAAGCUAAUUAUGAAAAAUUCGAAUAUUCUGCAAAUGGGAAAAGUGACAUCCAAUAUGAUGAGCGGGAAACCAGCUUUUGUAAUCACAAAUAAACAAGGAGCUCCUAUCGGCAAUCAGCAAAUUAUAAUUGUUACCACUGGGUCAAGUAUACGCACAGUGCCUGGUACCGCUGUGAUGACCAGUGCUGGCAGCAGCUCCAGCUCUAUCUCCAGCCAUGGCACAAGCAUUGUCAGCUUUGUUGGUUCCACAGGUAGCACAUCAACUGCAACUGCUAUUCCACGUACCGUCUUAACAAGCUCUAGUAAUGUGAAAAUGGUGCGGAGUAUAGCUGGUGGUGGAAGUACUGCAACUACAGGUGGACGACCCAUAACAUUGACAUUGCCAACAUCAACAGCAGCAGUUGCCAAUAAGCCUCAAUUGACCACACAUAAAUUACAGCAAAAACGGCUGUUUACAUUGGAGGCAAGCCUAGCAACUCGAUGGCGCCGGGGAUUUAAAUAUGAAAUCAAAAAAGAUACUGAAAAUUUUGAUAAUGGAAAUGACAGGGAUGAUGACAUGGAUAAUGAUUCCGCAAUAGCAUCGUCAACAUCGGCAGCGGCUGGCUUAAUUAAUAGUGGUAUUGCCACGACAAAUGAAGAUACUGGAAUCGACGCCACUGUUGAUAAAAACAUCAAACCGGAAAUUGUUGAUGAUGUAUCUGAUGUAAGUAGCACAACAGAUGCCCACAAAUUGAAUAGCAUCGAUGAUAUCAUUGGAAAUUCGAAAGCAAUAGGAACUACAACAAAUGUUUUAGAGUUCAACAAGCCGACUGCUUCUGAGACUGAGGCGGCCAAUAUUUUAACUACAAUCAAGUCUGGAGAUGUUAUAAGCGCUGGUGCUAGUAGUCUAUUCAAAGACCCGACAAUAUCCACUACAUGCGAGACCGAUGCUAAUCAAAUUCCUCCUGUUGAAAUUUCUGUUCAAAGACAGCCAUCAAAUGUGGAUGAUUCACAUUUGGAAGCCUUAGCGUCUGCAGCAGUUUUGCAAGCGGCCACAGCUUCGGUUAACUUAAUUCAGACACCGAAAAGUUUGCUCUAUGGCGGAACUACUAAUCAGCUCAGCAGUAUCAACCAUAAAUCAAAUGACAACCAAAAAACAUCUAAUGAUAAUAAUAUGUCAAUUGACGAAAGUGAUAAAUGGAACACCGUUGGCAUAUUUAAAGAUCUAUCGCACACUGUUACAAGCUAUAUCGAUUACAAGUACUUCUCCAGCUCUUUGCUUGAUAACUUUGAUGCGGAAAAUAUACCGGAUUUAACAGAAUAUCCGCGUAUCAGUUUGGAUCCAGGUACAGCGUAUCGGUUUCGCCUUGCGGCUCUUAAUUCAUGUGGUCGCGGUGAAUGGGGAGAGAUAUCCAGCUUCAAGACGUGCUUACGGUUUCCUGGUGCUCCGUCGGCCAUAAAGAUAUCGAAAGAUGUUAAGGAGGGAGCACACUUGACCUGGGAGCCGCCGCCAGCACAAAAGACCAAGGAAAUUAUUGAGUAUUCAGUCUAUCUGGCUGUUAAGCCUACUACUAAAGAGAAAGUCGUUUCACCUCAGCUGGCAUUUGUUCGUGUGUACGUUGGCGCUGCUAAUCAAUGCACAGUGCCGAAUGCGUCACUGUCGAAUGCCCAUGUCGAUUGCUCGAACAAGCCGGCGAUUAUUUUUCGUAUUGCUGCACGUAAUCAGAAGGGGUACGGGCCAGCGACCCAAGUGAGGUGGCUGCAAGACCCAACAUCAACAAAACUCCAAGGCGCUGCCAAUACGAACAACUUAAAGCGGACACAAGAGAAAUUAGCAGCAUCCUCAGCAAGUCCUUUUAGCUCGCCACAAAAGCGUGCUCGUGGACCUGGUAUGCAAACCACCGAUUAAUAGUCUAUGUUACUGGCAUACAUUGUACAGAGCGAUCGUUGGUAACAUUCUAUUUAGCUCCACUAGCAACUUAUAAUUUUACAAUAUGCUUUCAGUAGUAAGAGGUAUAGAUUGCAUUCACUUUAAUUAAGCACAUUUACAAAAUAGCUCAUAAGUCGGAAAUACAGCCGAAAGUAAAAGUCGCAAAGUAAUAUGAUGCAAAUAAAACACUUUUAUGAAUACAUGAAAC